AUGAACAGUGGUGCCAUUGAUUUUGUCGAAGAAAACGGAAACGGGAGCGACUCGGACGCGAAUUCUGAUGAUGCAACGGAGUACUACCAGCCGAUUUCCGCCAUUGACGACGACGGGAGCUCAGACGACGAGCACGGCAGAGAGCUCCGGCACGUUCCGAAUGGUUUCGCGGUGCACGUCGUGACGAAGAAUGAGAUCUCGUCUCUGGAUCUUAACGACAUCGCAGAGAAGAGCAGCAGCGACGAAGAGGAGGAACAAGAAGAAGAAGAAGAAGAGAGGAGUAGAGAGGAUUUCGAGAGAGCGCUAAAAGAAGAAGAGAACCGACGAAAUGCGCCGCUGACGACAGAGAACGCAACCAGAGUUAUGGAUGCGAUGCGCAGAGUGUCCUUCGCCGGAGUGGUUCCCGAUUGGGCUGCUCGAGAUCCCGAUGAUCACUGGGUCAAUCAGCUUCGCCGAUUGAGACAAUCGUCGAACACUUGA